AUGAAAAAAAAAGGGAACAAUCACAGCAUACUCACCUUUGCUGAACGGAGGCACACCAACUCGAGCCAAAGCAGCCGGAGCCCAGCUCCCUUGCCGAACGGCAAGGUCCGCGCGGCGCUAGAACUGCCCUCCCUCAGAAUCUUGAGCAGGCCCUCAUGCAGACCUAGCUCCAAGCCCUCAAUACGAUCUUACUAA